AUGUUAGACAUCUCCAAUAACAGCCUGAGAACAAUCCCCACAGACCUCUUUAAGAACAACGACACACUUCUCUACGUCUACCUGUACGACAACCCCUGGCACUUGACUCGAGCAUUGUGUGUGUAUUUCAGGUACGUGAGGAAACCCGACUCGGAGAGUGUGGUGUGUGCAUCGCCCGCCGUGUGGCAGGGAUGGCCCAUCGUUAACCUCACUCUCGAGCAACUCUGCCCAGUCUCCACCACCCAGACGCCAGCCGCUCUGUCUCUGCCCACCCCUCCACCCUGGGCCGUCUGCGACCCAUCGCCGGGCUUGGCAGGGAAGGUGGAACUGAACUGCAGCCACCGCUCCCUCCAGUCCGUCCCUCCCUCCCUACCGGAGGACACCCAGGUUCUCCUCUUGUCUUCCAAUUCCAUCCGUUCCGUCUCUCUCGGCUCGUUCGGGAACCUCUCGAAGCUCCGCCACCUCGACCUCUCCGACAACCGGCUCGGGCGCUUGGAGGGCGACCGCCCGCUGCCGCUGGAGUGGCUGGACCUCUCCUCCAACGCCUUGACCGCCAUUCCCCACCUGGGGAACCUGCCGCAUCUCAGGAAGCUGGUCCUGGAUGGCAACGGGAUCGCGGAUCUCCCCCAGGGGGCGUUCGAGGGCUUGGUCAACCUGACCGAGCUCAGCAUCCGGGGCAACACCAUCGGUCAUCUCCCCGACCACAUCUUCCACCUGCUCCACAACCUCCAGCACCUCAACCUCGCGUCCAACCGCAUCCAGAACUUCCCCAACGGUGCCUUGGACGGGCUGGAUGGGCUGCAGAUGUUAGACAUCUCCAAUAACAGCCUGAGAACAAUCCCCACAGACCUCUUUAAGAACAACGACACACUUCUCUACGUCUACCUGUACGACAACCCCUGGCACUGUGAGUGUGGCUCGGUCAACUAUCUCAAAGACUGGAUGGAUGUCAAUGACGUGUACAGGUACGUGAGGAAACCCGACUCGGAGAGUGUGGUGUGUGCAUCGCCCGUCGUGUGGCAGGGAUGGCCCAUCGUUAACCUCACUCUCGAGCAACUCUGCCCCGUCUCCACCACCCAGACGCCAGCCGCUCUGUCUCUGCCCACCCCUCCACCCUGGGCCGUCUGCGACCCAUCGCCGGGCUUGGCAGGGAAGGUGGAACUGAACUGCAGCCAUCGCUCCCUCCAGUCCGUCCCUCCCUCCCUCCCGGAGGACACCCAGGUUCUCCUCUUGUCUUCCAAUUCCAUCCGUUCCGUCUCUCUCGGCUCGUUCGGGAACCUCUCGAAGCUCCGCCACCUCGACCUCUCCGACAACCGGCUCGGGCGCUUGGAGGGCGACCGCCCGCUGCCGCUGGAGUGGCUGGACCUCUCCUCCAACGCCUUGACCGCCAUUCCCCACCUGGGGAACCUGCCGCAUCUCAGGAAGCUGGUCCUGGAUGGCAACGGGAUCGCGGAUCUCCCCCAGGGGGCAUUCGAGGGCUUGGUCAACCUGACCGAGCUCAGCAUCCGGGGCAACGCCAUCGGUCAUCUCCCCGACCACAUCUUCCACCCGCUCCACAACCUCCAGCACCUCAACCUCGCCUCCAACCACAUCCAGGACUUCCCCAACGGUGCAUUGGACAGGAUGAAGGAUCUGCAGAUUUUAGACAUCUCCAAUAACAGCCUGAGAACAAUCCCCACAGACCUCUUUGAGAACAACGGCACACUUCUCUACGUCUACCUGUACGACAACCCCUGGCACUGUGAGUGUGGCUCGGUCAACUAUCUCAAAGGCUGGAUGGAAGACAAUGACGGGAACGUGUACAGGUACGUGGGGGAACCCGACUCGGAGAGUGUGGUGUGUGCAUCGCCCGUCGUGUGGCAGGGACGGCCCAUCGUUAACCUCACUCUCGAGCAACUCUGCCCCGUCUCCACCACCCAGACGCCAGCCGCUCUGUCUCUGCCCACCCCUCCACCCUGGGCCGUCUGCGACCCAUCGCCGGGCUUGGCAGGGAAGGUGGGACUGAACUGCAGCCACCGCUCCCUCCAGUCCGUCCCUCCCUCCCUCCCGGAGGACACCCAGGUUCUCCUCUUGUCUUCCAACUCCAUCCGUUCCGUCUCUCUCGGCUCGUUCGGGAACCUCUCGAAGCUCCGCCACCUCGACCUCUCCGACAACCGGCUCGGGCGCUUGGAGGGCGACCGCCCGCUGCCGCUGGAGUGGCUGGACCUCUCCUCCAACGCCUUGACCGCCAUUCCCCACCUGGGGAACCUGCCGCAUCUCAGGAAGCUGGUCCUGGAUGGCAACGGGAUCGCGGAUCUCCCCCAGGGGGCAUUCGAGGGCUUGGUCAACCUGACCGAGCUCAGCAUCCGGGGCAACGCCAUCGGUCAUCUCCCCGACCGCAUCUUCCACCCGCUCCACAAACUCCAGCUCCUCAACCUCGCCUCCAACCGCAUCCAGGACUUCCCCAACGGUGCCUUGGACGGGCUGGAGGAGCUGGACGUCUCCGACAACCUCCUGUCCUCUCUUCCCCCGUCUCUCCUGGGCAAGUCCGCCCUGCUCCGCCUAGCGCUCCAUGGCAACCCUUGGGUCUGCGAUGACCACAUCCACCACCUGUCCCGAUGGAUCCGGGCCAACCCGGGCAAGGUGCGGGGACCCAACGGGGCCGCGGAUGACACCGCCGCCGUCUGCAGGGCCCCCGUCCAGUUGAACGGCGUGCCCUUGGUUCGAGUCCCGCUGCAGGUCAAGCCCGUUGACGACGCCUUCACCGCCUGGGCGCGGAGGUCCGGUCUUCUCCUGGACGGGCCGGGGUCCAGACCCUCCUGUUGGGCUCAACUCCUCCUCCACUGCUUCGCCCUCUUCCUGGUGGCGAUGGAGCUCUGCGCCCUCUCCUUCUACACUCUCGGCUUCUACCGCCGCCUCUGCCGGCCACUCAAGCCGCUCGGACGCGGGGUCAGGUUGGUCCGCUACAGCCUGGUGCUGCCCGACCUCCGGCAGGUCUACCCCCCACCCGGCCCCCACCCCAACCCCGACCUCCGGCAGCUGGUGGACGAGUACGAUGCGGGCAGUGCCACACAGGGAGAGGCAGACACGUUCACCAGCUUCCAGUGAAAGACCCACCACUGCCGGACGCUCGCAAGUGGCAAGAACAGACCCGGCCACAAACGUUCUCCACAGAUGCUGCCCGACCCGCUGGUACUCCAGUACUCUGUGCUUUUUUUGUAUAAACCAGCAACUGCAGU